GGACGUCAUGAAUUAGAAACGUAUCUAGCGUUCGGCUAAGCUAGUUAGCAAAAAAACAUGUUUACUAGCUAGUCCUGUAAAAUACAAUUGAAAAGAUGGCGACGGCAAUAUACCUGGAACAUUACCUCGACAGUAUCGAGAAUCUGCCCUGUGAACUACAGAGGAACUUUUCACUGAUGCGGGACCUGGACAAUAGAACUGAAGUAUUUAAAUUGUCCUGCAAAUGUGUAGAGAAAAAAGGAGAGAUCGACAAGCUGGCAGAGGAGUACAUCUCAAGUGUAAGGAACUUGGCUACGGAACAGAGGGUUGUGCACCUGCAGAAGAUCCAGAGUGCUUACAGCAAGUGCAAAGAGUUCAGCGAUGACAAAGUGCAGCUUGCCAUGCAGACAUAUGAAAUGGUGGACAAGCAUAUCCGCAGGCUGGAUGCAGACCUGGCCCGAUUUGAGAAUGAGCUGAAGGAGAAGCUGGAAGUGAGCGGCUAUGACAGUCCAGAAGGAAGAGGGUUAAAGAAGGGUGAAGGUCGGGGACUGAGGGAGAAGCGUGGACCCAAGGGGAGAGGUAGGAAAUCAUCGGAUGAGGAUUCUCCCAGGAAGAAAAAGCUUAAAAACAGCCCAGAAUUGAGUGACGCUCUCCUGCCAAUGCAACCGUCAGAUGUUUUGGACAUGCCAGUUGAUCCAAAUGAGCCAACAUACUGCUUGUGCCAUCAAGUGUCAUAUGGAGAGAUGAUUGGAUGUGAUAACCCUGAUUGCCCAAUUGAGUGGUUUCACUUUGCUUGUGUUGAUCUUGCUACGAAGCCAAAAGGAAAAUGGUUUUGUCCACGAUGCACCCAGGAUAAGAAGAAAAAAUGAUAUAUUUCUUAAGUACUUUUCUAUAAAUGUUUUUGUCUGUAGUAAAAUUAGUGUAAUAUAUUUACAAAAAUAUUUCCCUUUCUAUUAUGGCUGUGCAUAAGUAUGAUGAUCUAAAUACAAAGCUUUUAUUCAAAGUACUUGAAAUGUGUAAAGGUUUUAGUAUUUGACAAACAAAUUUAACUGCUGUUGAUAACAUUUUCUCCAUGGUUUAGUUUCAAUUUUUUUUAUUCUGUCCUCACUCAAGUGAUACGAUCUCAUUUGUGUCUGCAUUUUAGUUACCUAGCUACCUCUUGGGUUCAAGCACACACAUGCAGAAAUUUUGUAUACAACAAUCUUGAAUCCUGCCAAAAUAUCUUAAACCAAGCAAACAAAAACGUUCACUCCGUCCAUUCUUGGACUAAUAAGCUAUCUGGUAAAAGGUGUACUAUAUUUUUAUAUCGACUGUCAAAAGCAGUUGCCCGCUCUUGAAUGUAUGAUGGUGAUAAUGGUCAGACAUUUAGGAAGCUACUGGGAUUUCUUUGCCAACAUAACCAGCAAGCAUUAAAGCACUUUGAAUUAAAAUCAACUGCUCACCACUAAUUAUUAGCAAUUUAACAAUGCUUAGAUACAACAACAAAAAAUUCUGGGGAAUGGUGUUCCAAAGAUAUCUUAUUCAAACUGCUGUAAAGUACGGAAGAAAGACCAGCAGUAGCUAGGUUUCCAUCCAAUUUGCGACUGAUUUUCAUGCAUAUAUUCUAAAAUCUGCAUACAAACGGCAUUUUCCCCUCCAGAGGGGUGUUUCCAUCAAACUUCCGAUGGUUGUCACAAAAACUGUUGCGAUAAUGGUCUAUAGACAGUUCGGACAGGGUAGGUUAUAUGAUGAGAUAUAAAAAAAAUCCAGAUCACUUUUAAUUGAUAAUAAGCAGCCAAGCACUGACCAGCAUCAUUCAGAUUAUAGCCUUUGAUAUUUCGUGGAAAUUUGCAUGAAGCUCAUCACCAUAUGCUCUUAUCCAGUGACUUACAGGAGCCAUUGGAGUUAAGUGCCUUGCUCAAGGGCAUAUCAACAGAUUUUUCACCUUUUUUUUGGAUUCUGGGAUAAUUUUGGGGUUACUGGCCCAAUGCUCUUAACCGCUAGGCUUAACCGCUACCUGCCGUCCACUUAACCACCAUAAGUUAUGAAGUUUGUGAAAUAAGUUAUGACGAACUUUAACUUAUCUGCCGAUAAACUCUGCAUGCUUUUUCACUUCGUGUUAGUAGAACAACGAAACAUAUCAUUCAUUGCAUGACUUCAAGCUUACUGUGGUUUUUACAUGUCAAUAUUUGUGCGUAAAAACGUUUCCACCGCAAUUGUGGCAAUCUUUUUCACCAACAAAAAAAUAUCCCACUGUCUUGCGUAUUUUGUUUUGGCAACAUUGGGAAAUGUACCGUUUCCAUGAGGCCUGUCGUGAGUUUUAUUUUAUUUUUAUGCCUCGGGUAAUUAAUCUGCAUGAAAUGGUUGGAUAGAAACCUGGUUAUUUGAAGAAAUUGAACGUUAAUGAUUCUGAGCUACUAUCCACUGUAAAAAAAAACACUGCUAUUGCUUUUUAAUAUUUUGUUGACCUAAAAUUUUAAAUGUAGAGAGAUUCAGAUGAUAUUUGAUAGUUGUUGCAUGUGCUACUUUUUAUUCUAACCUUACACAAAAUACUAUUGUACUUGAUAUAGGCUACAAUGUUGACAAUGACAUGUGACAAGAAUAUUACUUUCCAAAGAUUGUUACUUUAGAUAAUUCUUAGGGGUUUAGCAUAAACUUGUCUUUAGUUAACUGAAUAUAUAAAUCUUGUACAAGUAUAAUGCUGUUGAAACAGAGGGUCAAGGAGACAAAGUAUUUGUAUUUUGUAAAUGUAAGUUUCAUAUCAAUAAACAUGUACAACUAUUCAAUAUUU